GGCCAACAUAAACACCGUACUGUCAAAAAUAUGUGUCAAAAUUGUCUAUUAUUUAUUUUUCAUGUUUAUUGCUAAACUGGACGUAUAUUUUUUUUAGAAUAAAUCACAUAUGAAAAAAGGGAAAAAUGUUAAAAUUUGGUUCAAAAAAUGACAGUAACAUAGUUUUUAAAUGUACGGUAAGAUUGUUGGAGGAUACGGAAAUUUUGGAAUGUGAAUACAGGCCUCAGCAUAAAGGGAAAUAUUUGUUGGAAUAUGUAUGUCAGCAGUUGAAUUUAGUGGAACAAGACUAUUUGGGAUUAAGAUAUGUUGACUUACAGGAUCAGAGGCAUUGGUUAGACUUAGGAAAAUCUAUAGUGAAGCAAGUGAAAGACCUUGAUCCAGUGUUAUUUAGUUUUCGUGUCAAAUUUUAUCCACCUGAUCCAUUUCGCCUUAAAGAAGAAAUAACGAGAUACCAAAUAUUUUUACAAUUAAAAAGAGAUUUAUUACAUGGGAGGUUAUAUUGUGCUGUUAAUGAAGCUUGCAUGUUGGCUGCUCUAAUUUUACAAGGGGAAUUAGGGGACUAUGAUAAUGAAAUUCACACAGGCAAUUACGUGUCUGACAUAAAAAUAUUGCUGAAACAGACCGAAUCGAUAGAAGAUAAAGCAAUGGAGAUACAUCAGAAACAACUUAAGGGACAAAGUCCCUCGCAAGUUGAAAACACUUUUUUAAAAUUAGCCUGUCAAUUGGACACCUAUGGUGUCGAUCCGCAUCCUGUUAAGCUUUUUUUGCAGGACCAUAAAGGAACUCAAUUAUAUUUAGGAAUAAACUAUAGCGGGAUUUUAACGUUUCAAGGGAGCCGAAAAACGCAUCAUUUCAGGUGGCCGGAUAUACAAAAAAUCAACUAUGAAGGGAAAAUGUUUAUUAUACAUCUAAAUUACAAUGAGAAAAAACACACUGUAGGAUUUAAGUGUCCAUCUGGAGGCGCCUGUAGGCAUGUCUGGAGAUGCGCCAUUGAACAAAUGCUAUUUUUUACUUUGCCAACCAGUUCGGACGCGCCGUCAGUCGUCACCGGCGGCGGUUUUUUCUCGUGGGGCACGAAAUUCAAGUACACCGGCCGCACGGAGCGCGAAAUUCUCGAAGACACCGGCUCGCUGACGCGAGAAGAGCCGAGCAUUCAAAGAACGUCGAGUUUGAGGCGCAAAGCCUCCAGCGUUCCCGCCACCCCGUCAACCCCGCUACAACCUCACCUAGGUUACAGCAGCCUGCCGAGGUCUUGUCAUUCGGACGCGGGAGGAUCGCGCAUGGAAAGCAGCUGCAGCACCGGGAUAUUGUCAGGUUUGGAUGGCAUUCCGCAAGCUUACAGCGAUGUCGCCGCCUUGGAAACGGUGUGCGAGGACCCUGAAGCGAUGGGAUCAAAACUUAGAACUUCCGUGUUAAAAGAUGAUUCGAUGGAUCGUUUUAGUGAUUAUUAUUUUCGCGAUUCGUUCGAGCAUUCGUCUUCGGAGUCUCAGUUAAUCGAAAGUGGCUAUCGCGGCUACGACACCACAAAUCCUUCUCAUCGAUCGAGUCGCAGUCAGACGCCGUUGUCGCACUCUCAGUUGGACGGUAGGAUUUGUUUGGCUACGGCUGCGCAGAACACUGCCGCGCACGCGGCCAAGAAAACCAAAAAGUUCAACGUAUUCAAGGCGUUCAUUCCGACGUUGAUAAUCGUCACGGUUACGGUGUUUGUCGGCACGAUUGUUAUGCUUGAAACUGACUCUGAACUGUUUCACGGCAUCAAGAAUAUUCCCGAAAUGGUAUCGCUCAGGUAUCAGAUCUACGAACCUAUAAAACAAUACUUUCGGAACAAGUUGUUUUUUAGCGUUUAGGCCUUUACCACUUUGUUAGGUUUUUUGGCAAAAUUUUGUGUUCAUAUUGCUUUAAUGUUUUUUCAUUACAGAGGAUUCAAUGAUGUUUAAACGCCCUAUCAGCAUGUCUCAACAUGUUUAUUGACUGAUUUUCCAACCAAAAAACAGAAAUUUCUAGAAAUAAGCAUUCCAAUUUUAUUAAAGGGCAACUUCUUAAAAAUCGCUUUAAAUAUAAAUAAUUCUUAAAAUAGACUUGCUGAAUCUCCCUGAUUAGAAUCUAUGUAGGUUAAUAUUAUUUUCAAGAUUUUACAAUGUUUGCACUCAGUAUGUGAUUUUUUUAGAAAUGGAACAUUUUCAAUAGCAUUCCAGUUUUAGAGAUUUUAUAUUUUUUUAUUUAAGAUAAUUUAUUUUUAUUAUAUAUUUUUUAUACACAAGUUUUAGUUUAGUUUAGUUAGUAUUUAAUGCAGUAUCUACAGCUAAAAUCAAAAAAAGGUUUUUAAACAGGGUCCGACUUCCACCACAAAAAAAUGUAUUAUAAUUUUUGCACGAAUUCCAAUGCGAUCAUAUGGGCUUAGAGUGAGAUCUACGCAUGCGUAGAAACUAUUAUAAAAUGCUCUCUGCGCAUGCGUCACGAAAUAAGCUCAGGUGACAACUUAGGUAUGUUGCUGUGCGGAUAAACAAACAAAUUUUAAUUCGGACCCCUGUAUUUUCCUUUAUUUAUUUUCGAACUCUAACUGCUUCAAAAUCGCCAUAAACGUACUAUUUUCCAUCGAGUCAAUAAAAUAUAACCAAAGUAUUGUCAAUAUAUUAUUUUGUGAUUUUAGGUCUCAACGCCAAAUCAGAAAUGCACAAUUUUUAUACUGAUAACUUGGCCGAAAAAAAAUUCUUUUUACAUUCACCCUAUAAAAAACUGUGAUCUUUUUUAAUUCUGCUGCUUUAGAUAUAGC